UUUCCUAGUUAGCGGGUACUGGUCUAAAAGCUGGGUUCAAAAAUUCAAAAGCUUCGUACAACCUGAUCUUGGUCACUAGCAUUGUAAUAUGUUUCCUAUAGUUUGGCAAUGUAAAUGUGUAUCCCGAGCUGCUGCCUCUCAGUGUUCGUUCUUGGAACUCCACUCGUUCAAAUCACUCAGUUCCUCUGUAGGCCUAGUGGCCUCGAUAGUUGUCCUGGCGCGAAGUGUUCGAUGAGGAUCCCUAUACAUGCACAUGACCUCGAAUAUAAUAUCAAUGAAUGCUUUUAUUCCUAUGGGUGUUAUGUUCAGUUUAUCCUUUUGGGUCUUUUGAUUCAUGUCUCCUUUUAUCCCUAUUCGUUGUAUGAAUAGUCUAAUGGUGUUAGAAUAUGCAAUAUGUACUCGUAUCUCGAGAUAUAUAUAUG